AUGCAGCAAAUGAGCCACGUGCUGCUCUCGGUAUGCGGACGCAGGCAUCGCCGUACGCCUGGCGGACGCUCCGCAUUGCUCCAGUUUCGACUCGGUGCUCGCACGGCGCAGGUACUGUGCAAACAGACACAUGUACACGAGCGUUGCUUUGGCAGCAGCAUCGGUGCUACCUAUCAUCCGGGAGUUGCCCCCGAGAGCAGUACGCCGGUCCCGUCCGAGUUGAUGGGGAACUUCCAGGGACUCGAGGUGACGUUCCUGGGCACUGGUGCAGCUGCACCGUCGCCCCGCCGCAAUGUCCUCUCUGUGGCGGUGCGAAUAGGCCUUGCGGAACAGCGCAAGUCAGCUGCGCUGUGGCUAUUUGACGUCGGCGAGGCGACCCAGCACCAGCUGAUGCGGAGUCAUCUACACAUGGGGCGCAUCGAGCGCAUUUUCCUGACCCAUCUGCACGGAGAUCACUGUUUCGGAUUGGCAGGACUCCUGUGCGGCCUCGGAGCCAACUCUAUUCCAGACGAUCAAAGUGAGACUGCAGGAGAUAGCGGCGAUGCCCCCGGAGACCGUCGGGGCCGUCUGCCGCUCGUCGAUGUGUACGGGCCGCCGGGGCUGCGACUCCUGGUCCGGUCUGCGCUUGGUGUCGGCCGAGCGCAUCCCCGGCUGCGACUGCGACUCCACGAAAUCGUCCCCCCAGCGCCUGACGUGCUGCGUGAUUGGUACGAAUGGAGCAGGCAGUUCAUGAAUGUAGAGGACAACCGACUUUCGCGCGCGGCACUGCGAACCUGGGCUGAGACCCUGGCCCCUACCAUGGAUUGCAGUUUACCUAUGUUGCCCUGCGAGCAAGCCGGCACUGACUUUCAUUUCCCGUCGCUCGCUGAUGUCCAGAGUAUGCCCGAGGAUCCGCGAAUCCAUGGCUCGAUCGCACUGAAGCUCGUCGAUGAUGAACGUGGUUCUGUGUAUGUGGCCCCGCUGCGACAUUCUGUGCCCUGUUUCGGCUACGUGAUCGUCGAAAAACAGCGUUUGCCUCGCAUCGAUCUUGUCGCGCUGCGCCAGAAAUACCAACUGGAGACGCACCCCAUCUUGAAAGAGCUUAAGCUUGGACGAAGUGUGCCUCAUCCGCACGACGCGUCCAAAUGGAUUGAACCGUCUGAGGUCUUGCAGCCAGCAGCGGGUCCGCGCAAGCUCGUUAUCCUCGGCGAUACAUACGAUUCAACGCUGAUUCUUCCAGCUGCGCAUCAAUGCCAGCUACUUGUCCAUGAAGCGACGCUCGGUGAUGAACUGGCACAUCGUGCUCGAUCCGUCCAGCAUAGCACAGCACGAAUGGCUGGUGCCUUUGCAAAGCGCGCCAAUCUGACGGGAGCGCUCGCCUUGACCCAUAUAAGCGCGCGGUACGACGAUCAGGAUGGUCGAAGUAGCCGACAGCUCCUAGCAGAAGCCAGACAAGGAGCGAAAGAUGGACAGUUCUCCAUUUUUAUCGCUGAGGAUCUGCAACGGGUACAGGUUCCCGGCACGACUGCACAGUGCGACCCAGCGCUGAUGCGAUACUCGACGAGAAGCGCCGACAGCGACAGCGCCGUCAUGCUAGACGCGCUCUGA